AUGGGUGUGUCUGGCUACUUUAUCAUGUGUGGAAUAAGGACUAAACUAAGCAGGUAUGAAGUGAACCAGUACGGCUUUAUUAAUACUUGUUUGAAGUCACUGGUCAUUGAAAAGUUUGGAGACCAAGCAUGGGAGAAACUGAGCUUAAUGGCUGGAGUCCAGGACACGUUUAUGACCUAUGAAGUUUAUGACGAUGCCAUCACUCUUCGCUUAGUACAAGAGGCUUGUAAAAUGCUAGAUGUGUCGUCUGAGGUGGUUUUAAAGCUGUUUGGAGAAUACUUCUUCAGCUUUUGUAAGAUGUCGGGAUAUGACACCAUGUUGCGUACGCUUGGUGGAAACCUGGUGGAAUUCAUUGAAAAUCUUGAUGCUCUCCACAGUUAUCUGGCAUUAUCUUACGAGGCCAUGAACGCACCAUCCUUUCGUGUGGAACGGAUGAAUGAUGGCCGAAUUCUCCUUCACUAUUAUUCAGACAGAAAGGGCCUCUACCAUAUUGUGCCAGGCAUUAUAGAGGCUGUGGCAAAGGAUUUUUUUGACAGCGAGGUGACCAUGACAAUUCUGAACCAGUCAGAAGAAGAGGAGCGUACCGGAAAGAAGGAACAUGUGGUUUUCCACAUGCUGCAGAAAGAAAAGGUGUCCAGAAGAAAAGCCCAAACGAUUCAGAAAGAUGAGGAAACAGGGGUUGACAGGAAAGAAAAUGAGGAGGCAAUGAAGAAAAUGAAGGACAGGUAUGCCAACCUGGAGUUGUGUCCAAGGAAAAGAUCUCCAUGGGACAUAGUGAGGAGCAUUGUCAUGCUAGGCCAAGGCAAUCUGAGAACUUCAUUCACCCCCAGCUACCCUAACAAACUUUGGAUUGAAGAGAGAGCCUUCUGUAAUGCCUUUCCAUUUCACAUUGUUUUCGACCAAGAUCUGGUGGUGAAGCAAACAGGUGUGAACAUUCAGAAGUUUGUUCCCGGACUGCAGACAGCAGGUAUUCGCCUGGAUGAAUACUUCACCAUCGUCCACCCAGAAGUCACCUUUAACAUCCAGAGCAUCAAGAAGUUUAUCAACAGUCAAUUUGUUCUAAAGACCAGGAGGGAAAUGUUACCAGAGGUCCAAAAAAAACAGUCGACGCUCAAGCUGCGUGGACAGAUGAUGUGGAUGGAGUCGCUGAACUGCAUGAUCUAUCUGUGCUCCCCUAAACUACGAAGCCUCCAAGAACUGGAGGAGAGGGGUCUCCACUUGGCCGACAUCGCCCAGCACGACACCACACGUGACCUGAUACUGCUCAACCAGCAGAGGCUGGCCGAGAUCGAGCUCUCAAAUAAGCUGGAAAGGAAGAAGGAGGAGCUGAGAAUCCUCUCACGCAACUUAGAGAUCGAAAAGAAGAAGUCAGAAAAACUGCUUUAUGCUAUGCUGCCAACGCAUGUCGCCAACCAGCUUAAAGAGGGGAAAAGGGUUGAGGCAGGUGAGUUUAAAGUGUGCACCAUCCUCUUCAGCGAUGUGGUCACAUUCACAAACAUCUGCGCAGGCUGUGAACCCAUUCAGAUAGUCAACAUGCUGAACGCCAUGUACUCCAGAUUUGACCGCCUUACAAGCGUUCAUGGCGUUUAUAAGGUUGAGACGAUAGGUGACGCUUACAUGGUGGUUGGUGGCGUGCCCGUUCCUACAGCCACGCAUGCAGAACAGGUGUCAAACUUUGCCCUCGGCAUGAGAAUCGCUGCGAGGGAAGUGAACAGCCCCAUCACAGGACAACCGAUACAGAUCAGAGUAGGACUUCACACUGGUCCAGUGUUGGCUGGUGUGGUGGGUGAGAAGAUGCCACGCUACUGCUUGUUCGGAGACACGGUGAACACAGCAUCCCGAAUGGAGAGCCAUGGAGUCCCAGACCAUAUACACCUGAGUCCUUUUACUUACAGUGUGUUAAAGAACAAGCGCUAUGAGAUCAGUGAGAGGGGUGAUAUUGAGGUGAAAGGCAAAGGCCUGAUGAAAACAUAUUUCCUGCUUAAGAAUCUGCAAAUGACUGAUGAGCAGAUCAUGGGUCUGGUCGAUGGAGAGACAUGCGUAUACCAGGAUGACCCAGAGGACGUGACGGAUGACACGAAGGAGGAGAUCCCUGAGGAGACACGUGAUGGGCAGAACGCUGAAGAGGGAGAAGUGGUUGUAAAUGGGGAAAAUAACACCUCGGCCCCAUCCCUCCGUCCAGACAACCUCACUCCAAAUCAGUUAAUCCAGUUUGACGUCACACCUGCAUUCUACCUGGAACACCUACCCAAUGGGCUUCAUUCAGAGAAUCUCAACACUAAAUUUUGCGCUAUUCUUUAGAAAGACAUUUGUACUAUGUUUUAAAAACAUGACUUUAUAUCCAGUCUACUGUUUUUGAGGGCCAGUACAACAUCCACCAAAAUAAAAACUUGCGACACGUACUGUCGUGUUUUCCAUCUAGGGUAUUGUGUAGUGUUUAAUGGCUGUUUUUCAAGGGCCGGCUGGGGAUUUCUGCUUAGUGGACAUCUGGGAAAGACAACCCUCCACGCUGAGUCCCAGCUCUCCCUGUGCACCUAGCUUCAUUUGCACCUGCUGGUUGCCUGCCGGCGACGGGCAGCGGUUGAAUAAUCCUGCUGGGAAGGCUAAUUUCCCCUUGGAAAACUUAAUGGCAUGGUAUGGACUGUUUUCAUGUGGAAAUCAGAUGACAAACAUAGAUGUCCAGAGGAAUUGUGGAUUGGUCAAACAUGCAUAUUUCCUUAAGUUCAUAUGUGAACAGUUGUUUUUGAUUAUAUCCAUAAGGGUCCAUAAGGUUAUUUGUAAUGAAUAAGAAACAUUUAAGAUUCUAUUUCAAGGUCAAUAAGCAAAAUAAAGUUUGAAAUAUUGACCAUGUUAACUGUACAAAAGUUUAAAUUUAAAUAGAGUCCAACUAAGUUUUCUUUUCUUGAAUCAUGCAAAUAAUUUGCAGAAAUCUAAAGAACAUGCUGUCACUUAAAGCAAAAGGGUCAAAUUUUCAAUUUAACUGUACACUUUAAAUUGUCAUGAUAAAUGCCUCGGGUUCUAACUGUGUA